UGACGAUUUAAAGCUGUGCCAACCGGAUCUAUUUUUCCAAAAUUGCUUUGAAUUUUUGCACGAAUUCGGGUUAACGUGAUACAAUGACUAACCGGACAGCGUAUUUUUAUGAUCCAGAUGUUGGAAACUUUCACUAUGGUGCUGGUCACCCAAUGAAGCCCCACAGGUUAUCCCUAACUCACAGUCUAGUCUUGCAUUAUGGGCUAUACAAGAAGAUGAUGGUUUUCAAACCAUACAAGGCUUCACAGCAUGAUAUGUGCCGUUUUCAUUCAGAAGAUUACAUAGAUUUUUUACAAAAGGUCAGCCCAAACAACAUGCAGGGCUUCACAAAGAGCCUUAACACCUUCAAUGUAGGAGAUGAUUGUCCUGUCUUUCCUGGACUAUUUGAAUUUUGCUCCAGAUACACUGGUGCUUCACUACAAGGAGCAACACAGUUGAACCAUAAGAUUUGUGACAUUGCCAUCAACUGGGCUGGAGGCUUACACCAUGCAAAAAAGUUUGAGGCUUCUGGAUUUUGUUAUGUGAAUGACAUCGUCAUUAGUAUACUUGAACUGCUUAAGUACCACCCACGUGUGCUAUACAUUGACAUUGACAUCCAUCAUGGUGAUGGGGUGCAGGAAGCUUUUUAUCUUACAGAUCGUGUCAUGACUGUGUCCUUCCAUAAAUAUGGAAACUAUUUUUUUCCAGGAACAGGUGACAUGUAUGAAGUUGGGGCUGAGAGUGGCCGCUACUACUGCCUGAAUGUGCCUCUACGAGAUGGGAUUGAUGACCAAAGUUACAGGCAGUUGUUUCAGCCAGUAAUCAAGCAAGUGGUGGACUUCUACCAGCCAACCUGUAUUGUGCUUCAGUGUGGAGCUGACUCACUGGGCUGUGACAGACUUGGAUGCUUUAAUCUCAGCAUACGAGGUCAUGGGGAAUGUGUGGAGUUUGUAAAAAGUUUCAAGAUCCCUCUACUUGUGCUGGGAGGAGGAGGGUACACUGUGCGCAAUGUGGCUAGAUGUUGGACAUUUGAAACGUCUUUGCUAGUUGAAGAGUCUAUUAGUGAUGAGCUACCUUAUAGUGAGUACUUUGAGUAUUUUGCUCCUGAUUUUACACUUCAUCCAGACGUAAGCACUAGGAUUGAGAACCAGAACUCCAGACAGUACUUGGAACAAAUUCGCCAGACUGUCUUUGAGAACUUAAAAAUGCUGAACCAUGCCCCUAGUGUUCAGAUCCAUGAUGUUCCCUCAGACCUACUAAGUUUUGAGCGCACAGAUGAUGCUGACCCUGAUGAAAGGGGUUCAGAAGAGAACUACUCCAGGCCUGAGGCACCAAAUGAAUUUUAUGAUGGUGACCAUGACAAUGACAAGGAGAGCGAUGUGGAAAUCUGAACUCCAUCCUGAAGAAAAGUGACCCUCUUCUGUUGUAUUUCUUUCUUUUUUUUUUUUUUUUUUUAAAGAUUGUUCUCUAUGGAGAACAAUCUUGGAGAAAAUGGAGAAUACCCAGUCCAAGAUACAUUUUGUUAAAAUAUUUUCUCACACGCCAGUUUGUCAUUUUUGACUUGCUACUUCCCAUGUGCACCAUGGUUCAUCUGGACUAAUUUCUUUCCAGUGUUAAAUUUGGUGAGUAUAAAAACUGUAUGUAAUUUUCUGAAACCAGGGCAUUAAAUAUUUUUAACUUUUUAAAAAUCAAACAGGCCUGGCUUCACAAAGCAGCAUGUAACACACAUGAAAAUAUUUAAUACUGUAAAUUGUGGGUAAAUAAGAGUUUAUUCCAAAAUGUAGAAAAAAGAAGAAAAAAAGAGCACCAUUUCUAUCCAUUAUUUUUUUUUUUAUAGCUAAAUUUAAAAUGUUAGUUAUUUUGAGUGGUACGGAAGUCCAUUAAGGCCAUACAAAUUAUUAUUUUUUGUUUGUUUUUAUCAUGAUCAUAGAAGUUAUAGAAGGUGUUUGCCUAAGAUCACAAGUAGUUAAUGUAUUAUUAGUCAUACGUGUUUUUUUUUUUUACUUUAGUCAGGGAGCACCUUAACUGAAAUAAGCUGGUAUGGUAGUACAAUUACGGACUUCUGACGUUGGGGGUUUGAGCUUGGGUGACAAGUCACAGUGCAGUUGCACAAGUCUUAAUUUAUUUUGCACAUCAAGACAGUCAAAAACAUACAUACAAUACACCUAAUGUGUGGUUGAAUGUCCUUUAGCAAGGACCCUACUUAUAUGGUCCACAUAUUCUUGAUAAUGUUGAGGCUCCAAAAGCUCACAACCAGAUUUGAUGUAUGUUUGCAGUCAUUGUCCAGUUGGAACACACUCUUUUUUUUAACAUUCCAGAUUAUAUAUUUUGAAGAAUUUUGAUGAAGUACUUCUUCUUCUUUCUUCUUUAUUACUUUGUGCAGUACAGCCACCAUGCUUAAACAGUUGGUUGUUGUAUUUUAGCAACUUAGUUUGAAGGUGUUCGUUUUGGAGCAGGAGCUUUUUUUUUUUUUUUUUUUUUUUCUUAGGCAGAAGACUUUCAGUCCAUGGCAAUGUAAACUCGUUUGUCUGUAGACCGUGACACUGGUGUUUCAGUAGGUUCCCUUUUAUGGCAGGCCUGUGUAUUGCUGUUUCCAGGAUAUCCAAACAAAUUCCCCUUCAGCUAUGCGUGACAGAUUAGGUUGUCUUACAGACCUUGGCAAAGUAGUGCCUCCUAAUAUCUUGUACUGUACUUAUAAACAACACAUUAAAAUGAUCUUGGAAUUUAUAGGAGUUUAGAAAUUUCCUAGUUUAAAAACAUUCCUCUUUUGUAUAAAUCAUUCUCUGCCUUAAAUCUGAACUGAGCUUACUAGACUUUACUGUUGUAUUGAGUUGUUCAGUCUAAUGACUGCUAUCAAAUGAACCCUUUAUAUAGUGGCACAGAGAAGCUACUAGCUGUGGUCAAUCACGGGCACCAAUGGAAGUUUGAGAUCCUAGGCUUGGCUAAUUGACAUUUUGGAGCUUUCAGCACAACUGAAUUGAUUAUCUAAGUAGCUGAAUGCAUAUUUUUAACUUUGUAUUUAUUAUUUUAACUCCGGUCUUGCUGGAACAUCAUCUAAAUUUGAAACAGAAAGUUGUUUAAAGUAGACAGAGGAGGACAGCCAAGAAAAAAUAGCACUCUCCCACAACCUUCUUAAAACAGUGGUUUGCCAUACCUUCACUACUGUGUUAUGAAGACUUUUAUAUAAGAAAUAUAGAGUCAUUUUUACACACACACACACACACACACACACACACACACACACACACACACACACACGGUGCCAAAAUCAAGAUUGUUUACCAAAGCUAGAUGAAACUAUCAGGAAAUUAAAGCUAGAUUUCUUGUUUUAUAUACCUGAUUUCUCUCUCUUGAUUUCAAACUCGGUCUGUACCAGCUAAUUUCUUUCAACACACUCCCUGAUCGAAGUAUCAAUAAAAUUCCUUGGUGCUGCAUUAUUAGUCAUCAAUACUACACAUUUUGGCAUCAUUCAUUUAUUGAAUAUAUAAUUUUUUCAACUUAUUUUCAAGUGUUGUUACUUUGAAAUAUGUAUAUGCUACCCUAUUAUGAUCCUACUACCUACAAAUCAGUUAGUUCUGAUGUUUCACAGCAGUUAGCUAUGAUUAUUAGAAGCUAACUCUCUGAUCAGUAGUCCAAUGUGUUAAUCGCAGAGCUAGUAUUGUCCCUCAACCGACUACAGAACACACCUGAUACUGUAAAUUCAUUUGAGAUCCUCCAAGCCCAAGUAUUCUAAAUCUUAGUGUUUUUAAUGUUCGCAGGAAAUUCUGACCCAGUCUAUACCCCACUUUUAUUCAACUUAUUGGUAAUUCAGACAUGUAGCAAGGGCUAUACAGACACAUUUUUUUUAAUAACUGGAAAAGUUAUUUUGUUAUAAUAUAUGUUCUUGUCAUUAUUUUUCUUAUUACUGUUCCUAAACUAUUUUUAGGUUAUUUACAUGUAUAUAGCACACCUAGUCCUUACAACAUGAACAGGUAAUUGUCAAAAUUAUUUGCAACAAGGUGUUUGUUUGUAUGUGUUUAAGUAUUUAAAAGAAAUAUACUGUUUGUUUAAUAAACAUGCCAAAAUUGAGUGCA